ACCCCACCGAAGAAGAUAGGUUUGUCAGACGUUACUACAACCACAAGGUCGAAAUUGGCUAUCACAAAACGUGUCUUAAUUUAAGGUUAGGCAUAAUGUUAGCAGGGUGGUUAGGGUUCAAAUACGAUUUUUUUUUCAGAUACAUUUUUAAAAUACGCUGUGGUAACUAGUGAGGGCCGAAAGAUCGGGAAGAAAAAUGGAUUUCCGGAGUCUCUCCAACCAAUAAGCGCAUUCCACAUGCGGACACCGAGCACAGCAUUCAGAGCAUGCGAAAGGGUAGUGAACAAAUGCGAUUGGUGCUGAUGGGGAUAGCAAUGAAUCCGCAGCAGCACACAAGAACAAAUAGACAGCGGACAUCCACGAAGGCUGUACUUGUCAGACCUACCGCGUAACCACUUGCUAUCCAACUACAGAGACGCAUUUUUUUUGUUAUUGCUCCUUCAAAAAAUGAAAUAGUUUUGAUGGUGGUAUGAAUUAUCCGUAUUUCAUGGUUGUCUGGAACAUUGUAGCUAACCGGCGAAUUUGACGGGGGAAGGCAUCGGUCUCCUAACAAGUGUGAGCACUAACAGGCACAAUUUUCAUUGCACGUUAGGUUAUUUAGUGUUUGGGAAAACAAAUACAUUUCAAGAUAUUCGAAUGAAUUUUUGGCAGCGUGAGUUUGGGGAAAACACAAAAUAAGUGAGUAAUCAGUGGGGUUGUCGAGGUUUCAGCUAACGUUAGCGAGCUAGUGUGUCACCUCGCGCAGAUACUCACCAUGGAGAACGCUCACACAAAGACGGUGGAGGAAGUUUACAGCCAUUUCAACGUGAACGAAAGCACAGGUCUAGGUUUAGACCAGGUGAAGAGGCAGCGGGAAAAAUGGGGACCUAACGAAUUGCCUGCUGAGGAGGGAAAGUCUUUAUGGGAACUGGUAGCUGAACAGUUUGGAGAUCUACUUGUGAGGAUUCUUCUUCUUGCAGCCUGCAUAUCCUUUGUGCUGGCCUGGUUCGAGGAGGGAGAGGAGACCAUCACAGCCUUCGUGGAGCCUUUUGUAAUUUUGCUGAUUCUGAUAGCAAAUGCCAUUGUGGGUGUCUGGCAGGAGCGAAAUGCAGAGAAUGCCAUUGAAGCGCUCAAAGAGUACGAGCCGGAGAUGGGAAAGGUGUACCGGCAGGACAGGAAGAGUGUGCAGAGGAUAAAGUCCAAGGACCUUGUACCAGGGGACAUCGUGGAGGUGGCCGUUGGCGACAAAGUUCCUGCAGAUAUUCGACUCACCUCCAUCAAAUCCACAACCCUGAGGGUGGACCAGUCCAUUCUGACAGGGGAGUCUGUCUCUGUGAUCAAGCACACUGACCCGGUGCCUGACCCCCGGGCUGUCAACCAGGACAAGAAGAACAUGCUCUUCUGUGGCACCAACAUAGCAGCGGGUAAGGCAGUGGGUGUUGUGAUGGCCACAGGUGUCAACACGGAGAUUGGCAAGAUCCGGGACGAGAUGGCGUCCACGGAGCAGGAGCGUACGCCUCUGCAGCAGAAGCUGGAUGAGUUUGGGGAGCAGCUGUCCAAGGUCAUCUCCCUGAUCUGCAUUGCUGUGUGGCUCAUCAACAUUGGCCACUUCAGUGACCCCGUCCACGGAGGCUCCUGGAUCCGUGGCGCCGUGUACUACUUCAAGAUUGCUGUGGCCCUGGCCGUGGCCGCCAUCCCAGAGGGUCUGCCCGCUGUCAUCACCACCUGUCUGGCUCUAGGAACCCGCCGCAUGGCCAAGAAGAACGCCAUCGUCCGCAGCCUGCCCUCUGUGGAGACCCUGGGCUGCACCUCUGUCAUCUGCUCCGAUAAGACCGGCACCCUCACCACCAACCAGAUGUCUGUCUGCAGGAUGUUCGUUAUUGACCAGGCGGCGGGCGAUAGCUGCUCCCUGAAGGAGUUCACAAUCACUGGCUCCACAUACGCCCCUGAGGGACAAGUGUACCAUGAUGGUAAACCAGUCAAGUCCUCCCAGUAUGAUGGCUUAGUUGAGAUGGCCUCCAUCUGUGCCUUAUGUAACGACUCCUCCCUGGAUUACAAUGAGAUCAAAGGUGUGUAUGAGAAGGUUGGCGAGGCUACAGAGACUGCCCUCACCUGCCUGGUGGAGAAGAUGAACGUGUUUGACACUGACGUCAAGGGCCUGUCCAAGAUCGAGAGAGCCAAUGCCUGCAACUCUGUGAUCAAGCAGCUGAUGAAGAAGGAGUUCACCCUGGAGUUCUCCAGAGACAGGAAGUCAAUGUCUGUGUACUGCACACCCAACAAGGCCCAUUCCUCCAUUGGCAAGAUGUUUGUUAAGGGAGCCCCAGAAGGAGUGCUUGACAGGUGCACUCACAUCCGUGUGGGCGGGAACAAGGUGCUCCUGACCCCGGGCAUCAAGGACAAGGUAUUGUCAGUGAUCAGGGAGUACGGGACGGGGCGUGACACACUGCGCUGCCUGGCCCUGGCCACAAAGGACAACCCUAUUGCCAAAGAGGACAUGGUGUUGGAAGACUCAAACCGCUUCAUUGAAUAUGAGACGGACCUGACGUUCGUGGGUUGCGUGGGCAUGCUGGACCCUCCCAGGGCGGAGGUGGCUGCCUCCAUCAAGCUGUGCCGCCUGGCCGGCAUCCGCGUCAUCAUGAUCACCGGCGACAACAAAGGCACAGCCAUUGCCAUCUGCCGCCGCAUCGGCAUCUUCAGUGACAAAGACGAUGUCUCCUCCAUGGCCUUCACCGGCCGCGAGUUUGACGACUUGUCGCCGGCUGCCCAGCGAGACGCGGUGGUCAAUGCACGCUGCUUUGCCCGCGUGGAGCCGUCUCACAAGUCCAAGAUUGUGGAGUUCCUACAGUCCAUGGACGAGAUCACGGCCAUGACUGGUGAUGGUGUGAACGACGCCCCUGCCCUGAAGAAGGCAGAGAUUGGCAUCGCCAUGGGUUCAGGCACGGCUGUAGCUAAGUCAGCCUCUGAGAUGGUCCUGGCUGAUGACAACUUCUCUACCAUCGUGGCGGCUGUGGAGGAGGGCAGGGCCAUCUACAACAACAUGAAGCAGUUCAUCCGUUAUCUCAUCUCCUCCAACGUGGGAGAGGUCGUCUGCAUCUUCCUGACGGCUGCUCUAGGCUUCCCCGAGGCUCUGAUCCCUGUCCAGCUGCUGUGGGUUAACCUGGUGACGGACGGCCUCCCUGCCACUGCCCUGGGCUUCAACCCCCCCGACCUGGACAUCAUGAACAAGGUCCCCCGCAACGCCCGCGAGCCCCUCAUCUCUGGAUGGCUCUUCUUCAGAUACCUCGCCAUCGGAUGCUAUGUGGGUGCGGCUACAGUCGGUGCUGCUACCUGGUGGUUUGUCGCUGCUGAGGACGGACCCAGGAUCACCUUGUACCAACUGAGCCACUUCCUGCAGUGUGGUCCUGACAACCCAGAGUUUGAUGGUUUGAAGUGUGAGCUGUUUGAGUCCCCCUACCCCAUGACCAUGGCCCUGUCUGUGCUUGUCACCAUAGAGAUGUGCAACGCCCUCAACAGUGUGUCAGAGAACCAGUCCCUGCUGCGUAUGCCCCCCUGGGAGAACGUGUGGCUGCUGGGAGCCAUCUGCCUCUCCAUGUCCCUGCAUUUCCUUAUCCUCUACGUGGAGCCCCUGCCGAUCAUCUUCCAGAUCACCCCUCUGAACCUGACCCAGUGGCUGAUGGUGCUGAAGCUCUCCCUGCCUGUCCUCCUGCUGGACGAGGUCCUAAAGUUAGCAGCCAGGAACUACAUGGAGAACUACCCUGGUGAUGACUAAAACCUGCCAUUCCAUCUAGUCUGAUAUGAUAGCUGUAGAGACUAACUGUCCUGUUCAGCAUGUGUGUUCUGGGUAGCAUUACACCUCGGAUAUCUUGACCCGUACUGUAUAUCAGUGGAGGCUAUAGGAGGACGGGCCCAUUGUAAUGGCUGGAAUGGUAUCAAACAUGGAAACUACAGGUUUGACUGUUCCAUGAAUUCCAUUCCAGCCAUUACAAUGGGCCCAUCCUCCUAUAGCUCUUCCCACCAGCGUCCUCUGUAUAUGUGACCUUUGCAGACAUGGGUACAAUGCAUUUAUAGUAUUUUCAAAUGUUAUGGGAAAAAUGACCAAAUAGUAAGUGGAAUGAGAUGAUGUGGGAUUGGUGGGUGGGGGAGCAACUUACUUAUAUCGUGGUUAGACUUGGGAGAGAUGGUGCCGUUUUGGAUUCUUAUAUGCAGGGGAAGCCUUCCAUGUCCCUGACAUUUCUCCCUGCGUCUUCCUACCUUUAGUAUUUCAUACCAGGUUGACUAUAUAGUUUUAUAUCCAUGUACAAUACACAGUAGUGCAUGCCCACCAGCUGUGAGUAGCCAUGCAAUUUAUCUAGAUUUCUAUAGUAAAAUAUUGUACAAAACUGCUUGACACGAUAAUAGAUAAAUACUACAGUAUCACUAAUACUAUUAAGUGUUUAUCACUGAUCAGAAACAUUUCCUAUUGUUUGGGAAUUUGCACAGUACUGGGCCAGAAGACACUGAUAUCUGUGGAGUCUGAACUUUAACAAUAUUACCACUCAACUACUAUUAGUUGUGAGAAACCAGGACAGAAGACUGGCUUUGAUUUAUUAGUGACUUGCAAUAUAACUGUGUUCUAUACCUGUUGAAAAAAAGUAUCUUUUUGUCUUAUCAUGCGAUAUCAUGUAACUUAUUGAAGCUGCAGUUAAACUGAUGUGUUAACAUGGUGGGGAGUUAACGGGAACAUCUGUACAUUUGAUUGAUCACUACCUGUGCUCAAUGAUUGUAACAUGCAUCACUGAGAUUGUGGUUUCAGUUUAAUAAACUAUUGAAACUUUA